AUGGCUCACCGCUUCGAUGCCAAGCAUCACAACGCUGAACGUGGCCGUAAGCAAGAUCGGCGAGCCGUUCGUCCCAUACCAAUUCCUGCAUGUUGGAAGCCGGCUCCAUGGCUCGCAUUCGGUUAUGAAUUCAUAAAAUUCUUCCACCUCAUCGUCAUAACCGGCCACGAUAUAAGCAAAAACCUCAAUGGAAUUGACGGUUUUAUUCGAGCACAAGCAGAGGAAGAGUGCGCCGAUUUGUGA